AUGAUGUGGCUUUCGAUGACUUUGGCUCUCGUCGGGCCUUCGCAAGCGGCGCUUCGUUUUGGAUGCUCAACUCUUUCGAUCCAACGUCUUGAUCCUCUUGUCGAACCUGGCCGUCUCCCGUCGUCACAUGUCCACCAAAUUGUGGGUGGAAAUGCCUUCAACGUUUCCGACUUUUCCAACUACUGGACGGCCGUCCUGUUUUUCAAGCACACCAACGGCACAUACAAACGUGUGCCCAUCAUGCAGAAUUCUGCACUGCCCAACGGUAUCAAUGGCGGCAUGACCAUCUACUAUACACAGCAGGACUUUUUCUCGAACGGCAACCAAAAGAUCACUGCGUUCAAGCCUAUAAGUGAAACAGGCUUCCGUAUGACUGUCGGCUCUCCCACCACCAACAAUCUCAACGACGCCAAGGGCCACGUUGGGAUACGCUUUGUGUGCUUGACCGACAAGAACACGCGCUUCCCCGAGUUGCCUGAUUUCCCAACCAAGCCCUGUAAAGGAGGCAUCAUGACGGUGCAACAUUUCCCGUCAUGCUGGGAUGACAAGAACCUCGACUCGCCCGACCACCACUCGCACAUGUACAACACGGCUAAGGAGGCUUUUUCUCCCGCUGGGCCCUGUCCAGCAUCGCACCCGGUACGUAUGCCACAGGUGGCGUAUGAGACACUCUGGGAUACGACCCAGUUCAACAACAUGUGGCCAAAGGACGGAUCGAACCCCUUCGUGCUGAGCUAUGGCGUCAACAAGGGAUACGGAACCCACGCGGAUUACGUGUUUGGAUGGAAGGGAGACUCGCUCCAGAAGGCGAUGGAUUCGAGCUGCAUGUUCAACGCUUGCGAGAAUGGCCGGCCGCUGAAGAGCCAGAACGUGCAGGCGAUGAACAAGUGCGCCGUCAAGAACAUGGUGAAUGAAGAUCUGGAUUCAUGGCUCAAAGUGCUGCCUGGUCAGGCGAUGUGA